CCCAUUGUGCGUCUUAUAAAGCCUUAUAAACGCUGGGCUGAAGGAAACUUUCACUUCUGCCUUCACAAAGAAAGCAAAGCAAACAAAGCGUCGAAAGCAGGAAAUGAAGGAUGGCGUCGCCUCUCGCUUCACUGGAGGAAGAUCUGACGUGUGUUCUCUGCCAGAACAUCUACAAAACUCCGUUAAUUCUACUCUGCACCCACAGUUUCUGUAAGUCGUGUCUGGAGAGCAGCUGGGCCGAGCGCGGGAGUAAGGAAUGUCCGGUCUGUAGGAAGAGAUCCGCCGUGGAGACGCCGCCGGUUAACCGGGCGCUGAAGAGCGCCUGCGAUUCCUUUCUGCAGGAGAAGAGUCGCAGGGUUUCUGAUGAAGCUGCAGGUCUGGUGUGUCCUCAGCAUCUGCUGAACAUGCAGCUGUUCUGCCUCCACGACGAGCAGCUGGUGUGUUCGCAGUGCGUGAUCCAUCAACACAACAACCACAACUUCUGCUCCAUCAGCAAGGCCGCCAGCGAACGCCGGGAGAAUCUCCGAGGCCCCCUACAGGAGCUACAGGGGAAUCAUGCAGCAUUUUCCUUUGAAAAACUCACCUGUGUUUCUGUCUCUCAGGAGAUCCAGUCUCAGUUCCUCCAAACUCAAACCCACAUAAAGAAAGAGUUUGAGAAGCUUCAUCAGUUCCUACAUGAGGAGGAGAACAGCAGGAUGACUGCACUGAAAAAAGAGAUGGAGAGGAAGAGCCAGAAGAUAAAAGAGAAAAUAGAAGAGAUGGACGAAGUGUUAGCUUCACUUUCUAAACGAAUCAAACUGAUGGAGGACUUUGUGAACGCUGACGACAGUCUGUUCCUUAAGAGUCUUAAAGAAGCAGAAGAAAGUGCUGAGUACACAGUUCCAGAUCCAGAACUGGAUUCAGGAGCUCUGAUUGACGUGGCCAAACAUGUGGGGAACCUGAGAUACAGAGUUUGGGAGAAGAUGAAGGACCUCUGUCUUUACUAUCCAGUGAUUCUGGAGCCGAACUCCGCCCACAGCAGUCUCCACACCUCUGCAGAUCUGGUUAAAGUGAUCUUCAGGGAUACGAAGCAGAGUCUUCCCAACAACCCCGAGAGGUUCACCAUGGAUCCGGUGAUCCUGGGAUCCGAGGGCUUCGGCUCUGGAACCCACAGCUGGGUGGUGGACGUCGGGGAAAGUGAUAACUGGACCAUCGGGGUGGUGAAAGAGUCCGUCAAAAGAAAGGAAGAGAUCCCUGAAAGUUCACAGGAUGGAUUUCAGUCCACCGAAAUGUGUUCAAAGGGCAAAUACAUGACCCACCAACUCAAUUAUGAGAUCCCUGAAAGUUCAAAGAACGGAAUCUGGACCAUCAGUCGGAAAGAUUGACAGUGUACGUUCAGCGCCGGACGUUACGGUUCUGAGAAUGUGAGGAGAAUCAGAGUACAGGUGAACUGGGACCGAGGACAGGUGAUUUUCACCAAUGUUGAGACCAACUCACAACUGCAGUGCUUCUCUGUAACACGGGAGAAGAUGUAUCCAUUUUUCUCCACUCUCAGUGAACUCCCACUGAAGAUUCUACCUGUGAAGAUCUCAUGGACGGUUUCUUGAAAGUCUACAAUACAUCAUCAGCUCUAUAUCCUCCUGAGACCCAGUCCUUUGCUUGUGUGCAUUUAAAAUUUCUCCUAGCUGGUUGGGUAUUAAUAGGACCUAACAAGUAUAAAAACUAGUGUCAAUCAAUUAAAACAUUUAAUCUGAUUAAUUAUGACAAUAUUUAGCGAUUAACUGUGAUUAAUUGCGCUUGUUCUUCUUAAGAUGCAGUUUUUAUAGUGGAUAUUUAAAUGGAAAUUACUGAUUUUAAAUUAAUCACCCACCUUAACUUGACAUGGUCUUUGUACAGAAAGUGUCCUCUCUGUACAAAGACAAUGUCCUCAUAUGGAUCCACAAUUUAUUUCAACAUUUAACAAUAAUUUUAGCUUUCUACAUUAAUUAAGCAAUUAAACUUGUUUUAAACAUAAAAUCCAAUUAUAUUUUUUUACCUAGCAUGUGUUUCUGUCUCAACUGGCUGUAGAAACAUUUGUCUGGGAUACCCGCCAUCUUGUUUUCAAUCAAUUGAGUGUAAUGUUGUCAUGUGAUUAUCACUAGAUGGUAUGGGCAGGGUCGCCAUAUCAGAACAAAGGGUCAAGGUUUAAAAAAAUUAAGUAUCAUGGUGCAUUAAUGUUGGAGAAGCAGAAAUGCAAUAUCCACAUAUGAGGACGCAGGGUCUCAAGAGGAUAUAGGGGUAAUUCCACUGAUUGGGAGCUGUUUAAUUGUUGUAACAACUUAUAAUUGUUGUAUUUUUUUUUUAACUUUUUUUUAAACUCUGAAUCUAAUUACACUAUAUUUAACUAUUCAAAACAUGAACUGCUCAAUUUCAGGCAGCUUUACUUAAUUUUUUACAAGGUUUCUAAUCUGAAGAUGGUUACAAAACUCGCGCAACAUUUAAAAAACAUGUUUAAAAGCAAGAAAGUCCACUAAUUCCUUUAAUUUUCUCUGAAGAAAGCCUUUAUUUAAAUAAAUGGUUAUAGACUGCAUGUUCAAAUGAUUAAUAUUUACUCCUGUUACUUUUUAUGUUUUCAGUAACAGGACUGAAAGUAACAGGACUUUUAGCAUUGAAUUAGCAAAAACAUGAAAAAUCGCUAAAUGGCAGCUAUCCUAAUAGCAUGAGGACACAGAGCGCAUUCUAGUGAUUUUUUCCAGUUAUUUUAUUUUUGACAAACCAAUAAGAUGUAAGAAUGAAUUUAGGUAACAGGACUGAGUGUUGAGAUUGAGCUCCUCAGUCAUCGUAACAAUAAGAUCAAAUAUACAGAAAAACUAAUGAGGGAACUUAAUUUGGGUCUCCCCAUGAUCUUCAGAAAAAACAGCUGAUGUCACUUCCUGUUGUAGAAUGUUUCAGAUGAUCAGGGUAAUGUGUUACGGUAACAGGACUGAGUGAAACUAUUCAACACAACUAAAAUGUGAAUUUUUACUUAAAUAUUAUGGAUUUGCUAUGAAAAAAAGUCGUUUUUAUUAAUGUUUUAAUUACAUAUCUUACUUUUGUAAUUAGGACAAUGUCCAAGACCCUAUGCUUAACAAUAAAAUGUAUUUAAAAGUUAUUUUGUGUGCAGAUUUAUACAUGUAAUUCAAUGCUAAAAUAAAUUCAUUGUAAUUAAUGUUGAAGAACAUAUGAUUAAAAAUUUGUACAUGAGAAAAUUAAGUGUAUAC